AGCUACUGAAGGAAGGGAAAAGGGGACUCCCUCCCCCACCCCGACAUGUGCUCUGAACUCAGGACUUAACGCCGAGUGUGUCUCUAGUCGAGGGGAAAUGCUCGGGGGAGUAUGUGCUUGAGACAGACCCCAGGAGAGGGGAGAGCCACCGGCCCCGCGCUGUCCCGUCCCGGGGAAGCCGGCCCACCUGCUGCGGGGGCACCGCCCGGAGCUCCCGCGAGUGGCCCGCGGGGGGCUGUUCGGUGGGAGGCGGGGAGCAGCCGGGGCACCAAAAUAGGCGCCGUUUGUGGGCUGGAGCUGCACUAGCAGGCAGCCUCCGCCGCGCCGCUUCCAAAGAUGGUCAGAGGGUCCGGCGGCGCCUCCGCCCCCGCUCGCCGCUAGCCCGCGGGCCAGCACCCGGCCCCGAGCCGCCGCCGGAGCCAUGGCUCUGAAAGGACAAGAAGAUUAUAUUUACCUUUUUAAGGACUCAGCGCAUCCAGUGGAUUUUCUGGAUGCAUUCAAAACAUUUUACUUGGAUGGAUUAUUUACUGAUAUCACCCUUCAGUGUCCGUCAGGCAUAAUCUUCCAUUGUCACCGAGCUGUUUUAGCUGCUUGCAGCAAUUAUUUUAAGGCAAUGUUCACAGCUGACAUGAAAGAAAAAUUUAAAAAUAAAAUAAAAAUCUUUGGCAUCCACCAUGAUAUUUUGGAAGGUCUUGUAAAUUAUGCAUACACUUCUCAAAUUGAAAUAACGAAAAGAAAUGUUCAAAGCCUGCUUGAAGCAGCAGAUCUGCUGCAGUUCCUCUCAGUAAAGAAAGCUUGUGAGCAGUUUUUGGUAAGGCAUCUGGAUAUUGAUAACUGUAUUGGAAUGCACUCCUUUGCAGAAUUUCACGUAUGUCCAGAACUAGAGAAGGAAUCUCAGAGAAUUCUGUGUUCAAGGUUUAAGGAAGUAUGGCAACAAGAAGAAUUUCUGGAAGUCAGCUUUGAAAAGUUGCUUUUUAUCUUGUCCAGAAAGAAUCUCAGUGUUUGGAAAGAAGAAGCCAUCAUAGAGCCAGUUAUUAAGUGGACUGCUUACGAUGUAGGAAAUCGAAUUGACUUCCUGUAUAAUCUACUAAGCUAUAUCAACAUAGAUAUAGAUCCAAUGUAUUUAAAAACAGCUUUAGGCCUUCAAAGAAGCUGCCUACUAACAGAAAAUAAGAUACGGUCUCUGAUAUACAAUGCUUUGAACCCCAUGCAUAAAGAGCUUUCCAAGAGGUCCACAGCCACAAUGUAUAUCAUUGGAGGCUAUUACUGGCAUCCUUUAUCAGAGGUCCACAUAUGGGAUCCUUUGACAAAUGUGUGGAUUCAGGGAGCAGAAAUACCAGAUUAUACUAGGGAGAGCUAUGGUGUUACAUGUUUGGGACCCAACAUUUAUGUAACUGGGGGUUACAGGACAGAUAACAUAGAAGCUCUUGACACAGUGUGGAUCUAUAACAGUGAAAGUGAUGAAUGGACGGAAGGUUUGCCAAUGCUCAAUGCCAGGUACUACCACUGUGCAGUCACCUUGGGUGGCUGUGUCUAUGCUUUAGGCGGUUACAGAAAAGGGGCUCCAGCAGAAGAGGCCGAGUUCUAUGAUCCAUUAAAAGAGAAAUGGAUUCCCAUUGCAAACAUGAUUAAAGGUGUGGGAAAUGCUACUGCCUGUGUCUUACAUGAAGUUAUCUACGUCAUUGGUGGACACUGUGGCUACAGAGGGAGCUGCACCUAUGACAAGGUCCAGAGCUACAAUUCGGAUAUCAAUGAAUGGAGCCUCAUCACUUCUGGUCCCCAUCCAGAAUAUGGACUGUGUUCAGUUCCAUUUGAAAGUAAGCUCUAUCUAGUUGGUGGACAAACUACAAUCACAGAAUGCUAUGACCCUGAACAAAAUGAGUGGAGAGAGAUAGCUCCCAUGAUGGAAAGAAGGAUGGAGUGUGGUGCUGUCAUCAUGAAUGGAUGUAUCUAUGUCACUGGGGGAUAUUCCUAUUCAAAGGGAACAUAUCUUCAGAGCAUUGAAAAGUAUGAUCCAGACCUUAAUAAGUGGGAAAUCGUGGGUAAUCUUCCAAGUGCCAUGCGGUCCCACGGAUGCGUUUGUGUGUAUAAUGUCUGAUUGGAUCUGUAGAAAUGACCGAGUAAUCACUGUUUUGGGGUGUAGUAAAAAAAAAAAUGCAGAGUUUGGAGUUCCUUGCUUCUUGUUUUGGCCUGGCGCAUAAUAGGUAAAUUUUCAUUUCUAACACCCACUCUAUACCUCAACCCAGUGAUGAAUGAUCAAGAGAAAUCUAAUGUAUGUUUGCAAUUGAAACAAUGGGGUUAGCUAGCAUCUAUAAUCUCUGAUUUUUGAAGGUGGUAUGGAAUAUUGGACACUUGGUAAAAGGUGAAAUGCCUUUGUAGUAAAUUUUUUCUCCUGGUAGCAUGAACACUGGGUGCAGGACAGAAUCAUUCUUUGGAAUGAAAUGUCUCUUAUGACCCUCUAAUGUAAUUGACAGUGUACAUUAAGGUUCUAUUUAGCUAGUAGGGAAUUUGAAAUUUAAGGAGGGAAUCUUCUCUACCUCUGCAAAAUCAACACUUUAAAAAAAAUUUUUUUUAUCACCUUUAGAAUUAUUUAGAAUGUGGUCUUACUUUAAAUCUAGGUUUUUUUCCUUUGUUGUGUGUAUAAUUCAUUGUUAUUCUUUAUUUACUGAUUAACAUAUAUAUAAGAUACUGUGCAAAAGAUAAUUAUUGUUGAGAGUUUACAAACUAAAUGUAAAAAAAUGGCAUAUCUGAAAAAUUGCAAAGAAAAUAGCCAAACAUUUGCUGAUGGUAAGAACUGUUUUUAAUAUUCAGCUUUGAUAUAAAUCACUAGGUUAGGUAUCUUUCUUUUAAGCAUGUUAGAAAAUCCUCUUUAUUCUUAAGUAUAGACACGUCUGCAUAUAAAAUUGAAUUUUAGAGCAGAAAGCAUGCAGAACAGUUGUGAUAUAGUAGAAAAUACCUUGAUUAGAAGUUUGCAUCCAUUUCCCAGCUCUGCCACUAACUAGAACCUCUCCUCAAUUAGAGGUUCCCAGCCCAUCAUGCACACAGGCACUUUUGGUCAUACGUGUGCCUAGAUGUGGAUCCUCAUAACCCUUGGGGCAGCCAUAAGUGGCCUGGGUGGCUGGAAUUUCUGGGCCAGCAACACCUUUGUCCAUUUUCUAUAAUUGUCCCUGUGUGCUAUAACUUGAGAAAAGUUGGGAAACGUUGCUUUAGUUAACUCAUCUAAACUUCUAGUAAUCUGUUUAGACCAUCUAUCCACACCCUUCAUUUUUUUAAAAAGAGACAGUUAUUUUUAACUUUAAAUACAGAAGUUUAAAAUUACUUAACACUUCUUUUUUUUUAAUUUUAGAAAGAAACUGUGUAAAUGCAUUUACUUUAGAUGGCAUUUAAAUAGAUAUAAUGCCCUGGCCGGUUUGGCUCGGUGGAUAGAGCGUUGGCCUGCGGACUGAAGGGUCCCAGGUUUGAUUCUGGCCCAGGGCACAUGCCCAGGUUGCAGGCUC